GGUAGAGAGAAUUUCCUCUGCGGUAAAUAAUUUGAAUGUCGUCUAGCCAAUCACAGUCCAGCGUGCGGCAGCGCUGCCGUUUGAAAGAGGAGCGGAAAUGUUAAGUCUAGUUCAUAAGUAGAGUCAUGCAGUUAGCCUGCUAGCCGCCUAGCACGUUAGGGUUAUUUUAUAAGAUAUGUAGACGAAAGGUUUUGGUAUGUAAGCUUGUUUGGAAAGAGUAGAAGGUUGUGAUGAUGGUUGAUAUCAAGCGUUGUUGGUUUGCAGUAGAAAGAGAUUAACGAAACAAAAAGGAACGGACAGACCUGUUCUGAAUGCAGAUUGCAGAACGUUUCCAUGACGUAGGUAGCUUGUUAAUGCACGGGUAAAAGUAACAGUCUUCUACAACUUAAGUGAAAAUGAAGAUCAUGGAAAGAAAUGUGUUGCGUCUGGCUGCAGUUCAACAUCUUCGGACGGCAUUUGGGAUAAAGACAAAAAACUGGAACAAAAACAAAGCAAGCGGCUGCAAGAUGACAGCUAACGACGGCUACUCGGUGAAAGUGUUUGGGGUACCAUUGGAGAGUCUGCCACAGCGCAGGGUCGUGUAUGGGGAUGUCCCCUGCUUUCUGGUGGAUGCCUGCUCCACUCUCCAGGAGCAUAUAGACACAGAAGGCCUGUUUAGAAAAUCCGGCUCCAUUGUUCGUCUGAAAGCCCUACGGGCAAAGCUGGAUCUGGGUGAGGAGUGCCUCUCCACCGCGCUGCCCUGUGACGUGGCUGGCCUGGUCAAGCAGUUUUUCCGGGAGCUUCCGGAGCCGGUGUUGCCGGCGGAGCUGCAGGAGUCCUUCCUCAGGGCCCAGCAGCUGUCCAGUGCGGAGGACCGGGUCUCCGCCACGCUGCUGCUGUCCUGUGUGCUGCCCCACAGGAACCUCACCCUGCUGCAAUACUUCUUCAGCUUCCUCUACGAUGUUUCUCAGAGGAGUGCAGCCAACAAGAUGGACAGCAGCAACCUGUCUGUGAUUCUGGCACCCAACCUGCUACACGCAGGAGACGGGACUGAGAAGAUGAACGCCAACACAGAGAAGCGGCUCAGGCUGCAGGCGGCCGUGGUCCUCUGCCUGAUCGACAACGCCCAGGACGUUGGGGUGGUUCCAGGGUUCCUGAUGGAGAAGGUUCCAGCCAUGCUGGGCUGUGAGCUUCUCUCUCCCUCCCUUGAGGAACCCGAGGAGCUGGACUCAAACUCGGGGAUGAAGAGGAGACGCAGGCGAAGCUUGGGAGAUAUGGUCAGUGGAGCUCUGAAUAAGUUAAAAACUAGUCGAACCCCCACUCACAGCCCUCUGUCAGACAGAUGUGUCUUCUCCUCCGCCACCCCUGUGAUCAUGACGCCAAACAUCAAACGAAAGCUCCCGCUGGAGGCUGGCCACAGCUACGGCUUCUCCAACAAGAAGCGGAGAUCCAUCAAAAAGACUCUGGGUAUAGAGUUACUGCCCAACACUCUGUUUGGGGGCGUGUCCACUCCUGCUCCAGACCCCAGUGUAUCGACCAUGAAUACUUCCCAGAAUCCUCUGGCUUCAGCUGGGCCAGCCAAUCGGCAGGCAGCUAGCUCUGGGCGGAGGAGGAGCAGGAGGCUGAGUAACAGACAUGCUGUCAGCCGAGUGGACUCUGGGAAAGCUGGUUGCUUUUCUCCCAAAGUCACCAAGAAAGAGGCAGUCCGCAAAUCCCUCCGCCUGCGCUUCAGUUUGGGACGGAGCAGCCGAGAGACUGGGUCAGAGGGCAUCGGCCUGAGACUGGCCACGCAGGAGAGAACCAGCAGUAUCUGCUCCACAGUCCUAACGCCCAGACACCCAGCCCUCAGCUCCACCGUGCCCAGAGACAGCACCUCCUCCCGGGGCUCCAGGUUCAUCAGUAAGUCGGAGGACAACCUCCUCACCCCGCAGUGUGAGGGCGGCUCCCAGCAGCCCUCCUGGAGCGGGGACGCCCUGGACGCCCUAGGCUUCAGCUCCUUCACCGACACCCCCAUGAGCGCGUGUCUGAAGAGCACUUACUACUCCUCAGAGCCAGCCAUCGUCACCUCCAAGCCCCCUGCCAUCGUCACCUCCAAGCCCCCUGCUGCAGCCGGACGGCCCCCGGAGCUGAGCUGCUCCUCCAGGGCAGAGAGCCCGGAGCGGCAGGCCUCCUUGUGCGAGGCCCGGGCCCCGACCGGCCCCACCCUGCUCAAGAUCAGGAGGGCUUUCUCGGUGUCUGCGACGGACCUGCAGGGUGUCCUAGCAGACCACAGCCCCCCUGCUGGAGGAACCAAGCCACAACCAAGCAAGACCAGCCUGUGUCCUGGGCCAAUGCGUCCUCCACCCCAGCCCUACACACCCAUGGUUGUGGUCCUGAACAAGGACUUCUCUGGCUUCCCAACCCCACAGAGAGCCCUGGCUGAUGACCAGAACAUCACCUUUGGUCAGAUGGAGAUGGUCCGCUUGUCGCCCCUGCACAUAGACAGCACUCUGUUUGAGUUUGGGUUGGGUGUCAGUCCUGGAGAGCAGGCUGGUGACGGCCCCCUGACCAGGGUAGGUGUGGGGAACUGUUUGGAAGAGGAGUGUGGAGAGGAUCAGAACAGCAGCAGGCUGAUAGAUGCUCUGGACAUCCAGAGUCCGGCCCACUUCCAGCUGAAAGCCUCGUCUGGGUUCCAGUCCACCCCCUACAGAGCCUCCAGACUGGGGCUCCUCCACGACUGCAACUCCCCUCUACCCUCCGCCAAAGCUCUGCUGGUACCAGAGCCUGAUGACGGGGACCUGCCAGGGGCUCAUAGCCCGCAGCAGCAGCCAGCCUCCUCAGUCACGCUGGAGACACACAGACUACGAGUGGCGGAACACAUCCAGCGCUUCAACAAGCUGACCCUGUACUCUCCCCAGGCCCAGGCGGCCAUGAUCCGCUCCCCACUCAAGUUCCAGCGGACCCCCGUGCGCCAGUCUGUACGCAGGAUCAACUCCCUGUUGGGGGAGCGGGGAGGCAGGGCGGGCAGGGCGGUCAGCCUGGAGGGGGGCCUGUCAGCUGGGCCUCAGCUCCAGCCCUGCCAGGGUCCAGACAUGGGCGUUUGGGUCGCCCAGGACCGAGUGUGCCCCAGCAGGACCAGACCUCCAGUCCCUCCCACUGCCCCAAAGCCCAGGCCUGGGGCGCUGGGAGACCGCACCAACCAGGUGCCCUCCAGAGCAGACGCUGCCCCCUGCAGGAAGACGAGUGGAGGUCAGGGGUCAACCCUGCAGCUGCUGGGGAAGGAGGAGGCGCGCUACAGAGGGUCCCCACGGCAACCUCUGAAUGACGGCAGGCUGCUGUCGGCCACCAAACCGAUAGAUCUGUAGUAAA